UAAACCCAGCAUACCAAGUCUCUUCUCUCUCUUUUGCUACCUUUUCUUCUUCUCCUUACUUACCUGCUCUUUUCUUUUGUCCUUCAGCUUCUAGUAAUCUAGGUUAUAUACAUCAGCUGCAAGAGAAACUAAUUAAUAAUUAAAAUUAGUAGUGAGGGUAGCCCUAGGACAUAUAGAUAGACAGGUGGGCAAGCAUGAAGGAGAGUGGCAGGAAGCAAGGUGCAGCCUCACCAUGUGCAGCAUGCAAACUUCUAAGGAGAAGGUGUGCCCAAGACUGUGUUUUUGCUCCUUAUUUCCCUGCAGAUGAGCCCCAGAAGUUUGCUAAUGUGCACAAGGUGUUUGGUGCUAGCAAUGUCAACAAGAUGCUUCAGGAGUUGCCGGUUCACCAGCGUGGGGACGCGGUCAGUAGCAUGGUCUAUGAGGCCAACGCCAGGGUACGUGACCCCGUUUACGGCUGCGUCGGAGCUAUAUCAUCACUACAGCAGCAGAUAGACUCCCUUCAAACCCAAUUGGCGCUGGCACAGGCAGAGGUGGUGCACCUCCGGGUGUGGCAGACCGCAACCUCUUCACAUCAUGGGUUCGGUCCUGACAGCCCCAGUAAUAGCGGGUCACCCUCAUCUAAGCUCGUGGGUUCACAAACCAAGCCCAUUUUUGACAUGGAUAUGGUAGUGGACCACGCUAACUUGGGAGAGUCCAUGUGGUCAUGCUAG